AAAAUCUUGCGCGUCUUCUCCUCAUCUCCUCACCAAGCAGCCACGAUCUUUCAAGUUGAAACUCCUCUCCUUUGAAUUUCACAUCAACAGCAUCUCCCUAUAACCAACCCAGGAGCUGGGUUCGGAUUCAAGUUUUCCGACAGUAACAGACGAUUCCUCCGACGCCCGCCAUCGAGGUGAAAUCCGGAUACCAAUUCUCAAGAUCAAUGCCACAAAGUGGCAUAUGAAGCAAGGGUCUUGGAUUAACGAGAAAUAGUAUCAAAUACCUGUCGUUUACAGUUAGGGCUUGCACAGAACAAGAUCGAGCGCACGCAGAGAGGGAUCAGAAUUGGAAUCGGAAUCCUAAUCAGAGAAUUAGGGCUUCCAUCUUUUGAAGAAUUGGGGUCGCGAUUGUAAGUUUUCAGUAGAAUUGAAGAAUGGGUUCUUCUCCGGUGAUAACCCCAGAAGACGUAUUGUUGUCUCUGAUGAACGAUGGCACCAUUGAUUCUCUCAGAUUAAAGAUCAUCAAUCAGCUUAAAUCCAAUGAGGAGCUGAAGAACACGACUAUUAAAAUGGCGGAGCAGAGCAAAGUUCUCAACACUCCCGGGGCUGAAAAACAGACAAAAAGAGAGCUUUUUGACGCAUUAAGGCAGGAGCUUGAAACCCAAGUGCUCGAAAAGGCCUCCAAGUCCGUUUGGGAGUUGAUUUUAGACAACAAUGGAUUGGGGAAUGAAAUCAGCGGAACGGUUGAAAGGGUUUUCUGCCGGUUGAGCGGCCGCGAACCGCCUCUCUUUCCUCCUCCGGCGGAUGCCAACAAUGCCGUUGCCAGUGUCAAUGCUAAUGCGGAUACCAGUGCCAAUGCCAAGGCCAGUGGCAAUGACAAGGAGAACGGAAAAGAGAAAGGAAAAACGAAAGGGAAGGCAACGGCAACAGCAAGCAAUUCACAUGAGAAGGAGAAAGCACCAAAGAAGCGAAGAUACAGUGAGAUAAAUGCACAAGGACAAGGAGAGGAAAAUCAAGUUGCAGCAAAGUCUGAUGAACCUCCAGCUGCUGUACCUGAAGAGUCACAAGUUCUGAAGACUUGAGCUAACUGCUUCCCCAGGCCAAUCUUGUUUGAAAUUCUUUGGUUGAUUUUGUUCUAGUUAAAAUCUUACUGUUAGGGAAGAGUAUAUUGCACAUUCGGAUUCUCUAGAUAUGGGUUAGGGCGAUUGACUAGGUCAUUGUGCCGGUCUUGUUGCAUCUGCAUUUUAAUUCCUCUUCACGUGGAUUAGAGUAUCAGUUUAGAAUAUCGCUUUGUCAGAAAAGAAAUAUCGUCAGUCUUGUGUAACAGAACUUAUCUAUUUAGUAUGCCUCUUGUUUAUGUACGUUGAGAAGAUGAACCCCUUUGUGCUCUGCUGACAAAGGGCUUUUGAAAUAUCAACUUUUCUUGGAUUCAAAA